AAGCCAGUGAAAAUAACAUUUGGAUUUAACAUAAAGAAAUACAAGCACCAUUAUGGAAUAAUGAUGUAUCAUAGUAAUAGAUUGAUCAAGGCCUAUGAAAGGGUGGGCUACCAGACAAAGCCCAAUGAUUUAGGUGUUGGAGUGGUUGGUGUUAUAGAAUGUAACUGGUUACAACCAACUCACAACAAGCAAGAUUUUGACUACACCAAACAAUAUAGGGCCUGCAUAUCAGCACUUGGAUCUAAACUCAAUGACUACUGGAAUGAAAAGAAGCAGGGUGCUACUAGAUCCUAUCAAUCUGCACCGGCAAAUGCCCAGAUACCAUUGGAUAGACCUGACCAAUCGUGGGUGCAAUGUGAUCGAUGUCUCAAGUGGAGAAAGCUACCAGACACAGUACAUGCAGAUUCUUUGCUUGAAAAGUGGUUCUGUGAAAUGAAUACAGACCCUGUAUACAGGUACUUAGUAGUCAAACUUCUGCUAGGCUACCAGUUUGAAAAGCUGGUCAUCCCGUGA